CAUUGAACUCCGUAAAUUCACCAAAGAAGAACCAAGUAUCCAAUAAACGCUUAGCUAGCUGUGAGUUAUCAACAACAACUAUGCUAGAUAUUUUAUCAGUAAUAUUGAAUAGUAUUUAAAAAGGUGAAUGUCUAAAUCCACAAGCGAACUUUACUUUGCGCUGUACAUUAGCUGAUAUAAACACGGGCUAGCCAACUUCGCCUAGGGUUGUUUGGGUGCUCACACUAGCUAGCUAGCAUGUACGCUAACAUUUAGAGAACUUGUUUUUUUCGAAAAAGCAGGAAACGAAUGAUUGGAUAUCAGCAGGUUUUCUUGAAACAACAAGAUGGAAUCAUCCAUUAAAGGAAAAGCCAAGCGAAGGCACCUGAGCUCAGAGGAGUGUCGUGAAAUGAGUAGGAGACCAGAGGGCAGCCGACCCCUCACACAGCCCCACUCCGUCACUCGCAGGCACAGCAACUCAGACCCCAACCGGGGGUUGUACCCCAGAACACCCACAAAGAGAAAGAGAGAUGCGAGUAAUGACAAGCAGCAGCAGGGGAUCACUCAGUUUUUCCCUGUGAUCAGUGUGGUCAGGGUGUUAAGUCCUCAGAAAGCAGCCCUGUCCCAGGGCUCAAGUUCCAUAAAGACAGAGGGAUUCAACGGAGAGCUCAUCCCCAAAAAGGAGCCUGUUGAGGAGGAGGAGGCACUAGCCACCCCUAUGAAGGAGGAACCUGAGGAUGAGAAGGUGGACUAUCUGGAGGGGCUGACAACGGACAUGUUUGGGGACGACAAAGAGUUUGAGCGCUGUUGGUUAGAUCCAGCCCCAGCCUUUAUGAACCACCAUGAUGAGGAGGUGGAGGCCCUGCCUGACGCCCACUACGGCCUCUUGGGAAGCAGCAGGAGCCUGGCCCAUCCCCAGGGCCACGUGGACGACCUCCCAGAGGAGGUGCUGAUGCUGGUGUUGAGCCUCCUGCCUGCUGAGGACCUCUACUGUCAUGUCAGCCUGGUCUGCCAACGCUGGAGGAACAUUGUCACCCAGUCACUGUUUGUGCCCUGGAAGAAGCUGUAUUACCGCUACACAAAGAAGGAGAGCGAGGCGGUGAAGGAGAUCGACGCCAUCCUGGAAACCCAUAGAAUCAAAAAGAACGACCAGGAGAGCAUCCUCCAUAUAGUCGAGUUCAUGGCCCAGUAUAAGCCCAGUCAGAGGGUGAAACCUGAGGCAGUGUUACAGCGUGUGAGGACACAUUGUCUGUUCCCUCAGGCUGAGGCCUGCAUUAAACACAGACUCCCAAAACUGGAGGGUAUCGAGGGGGGCCCUAACCCGUGGGCAGCCAUGGCCCUGAUGCUGGUGCUGUGUGACGGGGUGGGAGAUGUUCUGGACCUGGUGGUCUGUCUCAGAGGCUGCCUGCCUUCAGCCAGUGCCAUCACAGAGUACCUCAGCGCCAUGGCAACCAUGCUGCUCGCCAUGAGGAGGAAGGACAUCAACAUCAGCAACAGGUGGCACUACAAUAUCUUCUACGUCCUUCACCUGAUGGAGAACGCCCUGCCCACAGCAAUAACCAAUCAGAGUGGGAGAGCCCAGGUUCAGGUGACCCACGAACAGCAGCAGAUCCUCAACCACGACAUCCAUAGAGACCACGUGGUCAAGAUCAUGGCCUUCGCAGGCACAGGGAAGACCACCACCCUGGUUCGGUACGCCCAGCAGAGGCCACACCUCCACUUCCUCUAUAUGGCCUUCAACAAGUCGGUGGCCACCCAGGCCCAGAGCUGUUUCCCCAGCAACGUGGACUGCAGGACGGUCCACUCCAUGGCCUUCGGAGCCGUCGGCAAGAGGUACCAGGAGUUGAAGAAGUUGUCUGGUAACGUGAAGCCCUUCUCUGUGGCCUGGGUGCUGCCUAAGGGCAGCGGGGGCUUCGUCAACGCCAAGGUGGUCACCCUGACCCUCAAUGCCUACAUGGCGUCGGCCGACACACACAUCACCCCCAACCACGUCCCAAACAUGUACAAAAACACACAUGGCACAUUGACCGUGCCUGACCGCAAUGCAAAAAGGAUGUUUGCGAGGGAUGCUCAGAGGAUCUGGGACAAAAUGGUUGCCUUAGAAGAAACCAGGGAGUCUGCAUACCACAUGACCCAUGAUGGGUAUCUGAAGCUGUGGCAGCUGCAGAGGCCGACUCUGGACAAGUAUGAUGUAAUCUUUAUAGACGAGGCACAGGACUGCACUCCAGCCAUCAUGGACAUCAUGCUGCCUCAGCACUGUGGGAAGAUCCUGGUGGGAGACCCUCACCAGCAGAUCUACACCUUCAGAGGAGCAGUCAAUGCUCUGAAUCUGGUGGAACACACACACCUCUACUACCUCACCCAGAGCUUUAGGUUUGGUUCUGAGAUUGCCUACAUUGGAGCCACGAUUCUCCAAGUGUGUAAGAAAGUGAAGAAGAUUCUGGUAGGAGGAAAACAGGAAGGCUGUGUGCAGGGUAAGGCUGUGGACUCACUGCGUCCCCUGACUACAGGGUUGAGUCCUGGCCGGGGCAAGUUAGCAGUGCUGUCUCGCUCUAACGUCUCUGUGUUCGACCAAGCUGUUAGACUCACCGACGACAACCCCCGCUGUAGGCUGCACAUCGUAGGGGGGUUGGAGAAUUUUGGGCUGAACAGAAUCAUGGACAUUUGGGUUCUGAUGCAGCCAGAAAACAACCGCUCUCGAGGCAUCAAGGACAGCUUCAUCCGUAGGUUCACCAAGCAGAGUCUGGGGGGCUACUGUGGGCUGAAGAGUUAUGCUAAAAACACAGAGGACCGUGAGUUGGAGGGCAAACUCUCCAUGGUGGAGAAAUACAACAGCCGCAUCCCUGAGCUGGUGGAGCGCCUCUACGGAUGCGCAGAGAGAGAGGCCCAACACGCAGAUUUUAUCCUGGGGACAGUCCAUAAAUCGAAGGGUCUGGAGUUUGAGACGGUGGUGAUCACUGAUGACUUCGCUAAGGUCCCCUGUGCCGCCCACAACUUACCCAGACUCUCCAGCUGCUCAGGAGGUGACAUCCUAGAGGAUGAGUGGAACCUGCUGUAUGUGGCGGUGACGCGGGCCAAGAGUUCUCUGGUCAUCACCAAGAACAUCACCAACAUCCUCACACUGGCUGGGGAGUACUUCCUGAGGACAGAGUUGACCAGCGCCCUGCUGACCGAGGGCCAGCCCCCCCGCUGCUCCGUGCGGGAGUGUCAUAACCACAUCAUGCCCGACUGGCCCCUCGCCAUGCGCAAGCUGCCACUCAAAUACAUGGAUAGUGCAGACGAUGGAGGUCCUAUGUGUGGGGCGUGUGUGUUGCAGCGUGUCGGCCCCACGGCCAGUCUCCUAGCCUCCCCAGAGCUGCUCAAGGUCCUGCCAGUGACAGAGGAGCGCCUGAACCUGCCCGUCAACUACGCCUUGCUGAUGGCACUCUUCUGAGGGGACACGCUCACGUACACACGCAAACUCAACAUGCUGCUUGAACUGUUCUGAGAACACACACACACACACACACACACUCACUCAACAUGAGACAUGAACCUCUCCACUGAUGUUGUCAUGGAAAAAAUCUCUCUGUGUAAUAGGCAUUUGAACUAGCCAAUUAUGAAACAGUUACUAUGGACCAGAGGGUAACAGUGUGGAACAGAGUUACUCAGCCAAUCUCCUAGAACCUAGAGACACUGACAACGUGGUACAGGCCUAGACCUGCCCCUCAUGAUCUCUGUUAAUCAAAAGGUGUGUUCCUUGCUGAUUGGAUUUUUUUUGGGGGAAGAAUGCCAUUAUUGUUUUUUAGUGUGGUUAUAUUUUGCUGCAUAGAAAAUGCACAAGUUCAUUCCUAUCUUUUAAAUAGGUCUCAUUUUCUCGUUUCUUUUUAAAAUGUCUCUUUUAUUUGUGACAUUUUUUUAAAUUACAACAAAAGAAACGUCAUAAGUUUGAGUACUUUGAGGUUAACAACAUAAGCAUCAUCAUAAGUCAUGUCCAUUGUUUCCAUAAAGACACAUAAAAUAGUUGCCAAUACUCUAAAGGAAACGGUAAAGACAAGUAUUUAUGAAUUGUGGUUAGUUUGGAAUGCAAUUGAAAGUGUAUGUGUUUGGACAGAGUAAGAUGACUGUUCACACCCGCCAACAAACUGCCAUAUGAGGAAUAGGGUGCCUUUUGGGAUGAGGCCUGUGGCUGUGUUCGAGAGGAUCAAAACCGCAAUGUAUCAUGGGUAAAUUCACUGAGUAACAGAUCUACACGUAAUAAUGAGUGGUUAUUUAUGAUGCAAGGUGAUUUGUAGGUCAGUCACUUGGCAGUCGUUUCGAUGCUCUCGAACACGGCCUGUCUCCAUGCACAGCUACAUCCUUACAGACACAACUGUGUUUAAAGAGUUGGAGAGAAGGGGUUUACCAAGAGCAGCUGUUUGCUCUGAGGGGGUGGCAUCAUGUCUAUUUUAAUUUGGUCCUGGGAAAAAGUAUACAGUCUCUGCCUCCAUUCAAGAUGAAUGUAUUUAGGAAUGGCCUUUAUAUGGGAGGGUUUUUUCUUCUACACGGAACAAAAAUAUAAACGCAAUGUAAAGUGUUGGUCCCAUGUUUCACGAGGUGAAAUAAAAGAUCCCAGAAAAUAUUA